CUAUGUGUCAGUGUUGCCAGCAGACCUGUGCGAAACAAAAGCACUUCUCUCCCCACGUUUAACGCCUUCAAAGCACGUCUCAAAGCUGUUUGAGUCGUAAAGCUGUCAAAGGAAACAAGGAGUUACGCGGCAGAGUCGCAGAUUACGCACGAUUACAGCAGCCCUUAGACAAAGUUGGGCUCUGUUGUCUUGGCUUUGGUGGCAAGAGCAGGAGUGGCUUGAUCCUAAAGCAGCUCUCCAGAUCAGAUUUCACCCAAACCAGCUGUGCGAGAGGGAGCAUUGCCUUUUCUCCCCUGUCUCCCUCUCUCCAUGUUGUAAGCGCGCUUCAGACACCCAGAAAGCAAAAAAGGGGGGAGUGACGGAGAGAGUUUGCCGAAGGAAUUUCCUUUCUCCCAGGCGAAAUCUGAAAAGUCACUAGAGUCUCCAAAACAGCGGCGAGGAUGGAUGACCAGCCCCGGUUGAUGCACUCUUCUCACGGGGUGGGCAUGGCCGGACACCCCGGCUUGGCGCAGCAUAUGCAGGAUGGCACGGGAGGAGCGGACGACGAGGGAAGAAAACAGGACAUUGGAAACAUAUUACAGCAAAUCAUGACCAUAACCGACCAAAGUCUGGACGAGGCGCAGGCCAGGAAGCAUGCGCUGAAUUGUCACAGAAUGAAGCCGGCUCUGUUCAACGUCCUGUGUGAAAUAAAAGAAAAAACAGUACUCAGUAUCCGUGGAGCUCAGGAGGAGGAGCCACCAGAUGCACAGCUCAUGCGACUGGAUAACAUGCUGCUGGCUGAGGGUGUGUCUGGUCCUGAGAAAGGGGGCGGGUCUGCUGCUGCUGCAGCUGCUGCUGCUGCGGCAGGCGGCGUCGGCUCCGAUAACUCCGCCGAACACUCAGACUACAGGGCCAAGCUGUCCCAGAUCCGUCAGAUCUACCACACAGAACUAGAGAAGUAUGAGCAGGCGUGUAAUGAGUUCACCACCCAUGUGAUGAACCUGCUGAGGGAGCAGUCUCGCACCCGGCCCAUCUCCCCCAAAGAGAUAGAGCGCAUGGUGAGCAUCAUCCACCGCAAGUUCAGCUCCAUCCAAAUGCAGCUCAAACAGAGCACCUGCGAGGCGGUCAUGAUCCUGCGCUCCCGCUUCCUCGACGCAAGGAGAAACUUCAACAAGCAGGCCACAGAGAUCCUGAAUGAAUACUUUUAUUCCCAUCUCAGCAACCCUUACCCCAGCGAGGAGGCCAAGGAGGAGUUAGCAAAGAAAUGCUCAAUUACAGUCUCACAGGUAUCCAACUGGUUUGGAAACAAAAGGAUCAGAUACAAGAAAAAUAUUGGAAAAUUCCAAGAAGAAGCCAACAUGUACGCUGCCAGAACCGCCGCUAACGCAACCAGCGUCUCCACCCACGGCAGCCAAGCCAACUCGCCUUCCACACCAAAUUCGGCCGGUUCUGCUGGCUCUUUUAACAUGAACUCCGGGGAUUUGUUCAUGAGUGUUCAGUCUCUGAAUGGGGACUCAUACCAGGGGGCCCAAGUGGGGGCCAACGUUCAGUCACAGGUGGAUACUCUUCGCCAUGUUAUCAGUCAGACAGGAGGAUACAGUGAAAGCCUUGCUGCCAGUCAGAUAUACAGUCCACAGGGCAUCAAUGCAAACGGCGGCUGGCAGGAUGCCCCGACACCGUCCUCAGUGACCUCGCCCACAGAAGGACCCGGGAGCGUCCAUUCUGACACCUCCAACUGAUCCGCUUCAUUCAUCUUCACCAUCUUCAGACUGCUCCACUCCACAUCAACACAUCCGCAGAUCUGGAUUACUCUCCAUCAUGGUCACACACAAUCAUGCCGUACCACCGUGGAACAUUUGGAAUACUUUACAAGAUUUUAGAAAACAAUUAUGAAUAAAAAAAAAGACAAAAAACAACAACAAAAAAAGAUGUGUUUGUACAGUUUUCACAGUGUAUUUUAGGUGGCACAGGGCGACUAACUAACCUGUGACUGUUUCAGUCUUAUUGAGGCUAUUGUUAAUGAUGGAACAACCAGUCGUCGUGUUUCAAUUUAAAUGCUUCAUUCUACCUCUCAGCAAAAAAAAAAAAAAAAAAAAAAAGGAAAAGAACAAUUUUGUUUUCUAAAAAAAAAAAAUGUUAAUAACAGAUACCACUUGAUAUAGUGCUUGAGAGGAAGCUCUCCUUAUUGGUACAGUCAAAUAAUAAUGUCUCUUUUAUUCAUUCAUUGUGAUAUCUUGACUUUUUUGUUUCUUUGUUUGUUGUUUCCCUCAUUUUAUUUGUCAGAAAGCUCUGAUUUUCUGAAUUUCACAGUUUGUGCCAGACAAAGCUAACCUUUAUUAUACAUGUUUGUAUAAAACACUCAUUUGGAAGCUGAUUAUUAUGUAUUUCCUCCAUUAGAUAAAGGUACAACUUCACUUUUAUCAUAGAGAGCAGUCCAAACAACUUCUGUCAUAGAUUUCAUUUGGACUCAUUUCCUCACUCUGUUUGUUUUUGAGGACACUGUCUGCGAGUCGAUGAAAAUAUAACUGAUUCCGGAAAUGGCGGAAGCAUCAAGUCAUUACGGCCCAUAAUGACAUUUCCUCCCCGCUUUCACUUCAGAUUGCUUUUAAACGCUCCCUUAGUCCCUUUCCCCAGCAAGUGAAGGAAUUUAACAUAAAGAGCGAGAUAUUAGUUUGAUUUAUACAAACGGUACCCCAAAUCAUAAACAAAACAAGCACUAAUGCUCUUUAUUUUUUGAAAUUUGUUCCCUUUUUAAAAGUGUUAUUCUUUAUCAUUAUUUUUUUAUUAUUAUUAGCAAAAGUCUGCAUCGGUAUGCCAUGUUCUAGCAAAUGCUAAUCUGAGGUAUUGUUGUUUAUCCUGUAAUUUGAAAACCAACUGUGAGUGUACAGUUUUUGAAACAAUAAUGUACAUUUAAUAUCAUCAGAGUGUUGCUGGUGAGCAAAAUCCUUUUGUGUAAAUGCUUUAAAAGAAUAUGAAA